CCCGGCUGGCGGCGGGUCUCGGCCCCCAGCUCCGCCGCCCCGGCCGGACCCCGGCGGGAGCGGGAGCAGGACGACGCGUCCCCGACGCCCACCAGCGUCAAUUACCACUUCACCCGCCAGUGCAACUACAAGUGCGGCUUCUGCUUCCACACGGCCAAGACCUCCUUCGUGCUGCCCCUGGAGGAGGCCAAGCGGGGGCUGGCGAUGCUCAAGGAGGCGGGAAUGGAGAAAAUAAAUUUCUCCGGAGGAGAACCGUUUCUUCAGGACAGAGGCGAAUUUGUAGGCAAACUGGUCCAGUUUUGCAAGCAGGAGUUAAAGCUACCAAGUGUCAGCAUUGUUAGCAACGGCAGCCUGAUUAGAGAGCGGUGGUUCAAGAAGUACGGUGAAUAUUUAGACAUUCUGGCAAUUUCAUGUGAUAGUUUUGAUGAGGAUGUCAACGUUUUGAUUGGCCGUGGUCAAGGCAAGAAGAACCAUGUGGAAAAUCUGCAUAAACUGAGACAGUGGUGCCGAGAGUAUGCUGUUGCUUUCAAAAUAAAUUCAGUGAUCAACAGAUUUAAUGUUGAGGAAGAUAUGAAUGAGCAGAUCAAGGCACUCAAUCCCGUGCGCUGGAAGGUAUUCCAGUGCCUGCUCAUCGAAGGGGAGAACACUGGUGAGGAUGCCCUGAGAGAAGCAGAGAAAUUUGUUAUCAGUGAUGAAGACUUUGAACAAUUCCUGGAUCGCCAUAAAGAUGUCUCCUGUUUGGUACCUGAAUCUAAUCAGAAGAUGAGAGAUUCAUACCUCAUUCUGGAUGAAUAUAUGCGUUUUCUAAACUGCAGAGAGGGACGGAAAGAGCCUUCAAAGUCUAUCCUAGAUGUUGGUGUACAAGCAGCUAUAAAAUUCAGUGGAUUUGAUGAGAAGAUGUUUCUAAAAAGAGGAGGAAAAUAUGUGUGGAGUAAAGCAGACAUGAAACUGGACUGGUAACUCAGUAUACUGAGUGAGGGCACGUGCAUUAUAUAAAGAAAAUGGUGUGUAUAUAUGUGUGUGUAUCUAAUGCUUUAAACCACACUUGGUAUACAGAUUGAUAUUCAGUAUAACUCUAUAUAUGAACGUGUUAUAUGUUUUCAGAAAGUAGAUUAUGUUCUUAUCUACUGAUUGGUUGAAUGUUACCAAGUACCUUCAGAGCUUUCAUAUAAAUAGAUCUCUGAAAAUCAACUUUCUAGUCCAUUGUAUGAAGGAUUUAAGGUCAAACCAAUAACAUAAUAUUACACAGGAAAGAGUUUUAAGAUGGUACAUAAGUGUGCAUGCCAGAAAACAAAUCAAAACCCGCCCCAAUCUCUAAUUCAUUAUAAACAGCUGUAAUGACGGAUGAGUGGAAACUCCUACCAGGGAGCGAAUUCUGCCUCUGUCGUAUGGACAGGUGAAUUGCAGUUCCUCGCUAGAUCACAAGAGGGCCAGCUGGCAGUCCUUUGGAAGCAGCCCCUGCCUUUUUCAGGGCUAAUAGAGGGUCAGAAUCUAGGCAUCACUAUCUGCAAGAAUAUAUUUAAAAGGAAAUCAAGAUGAAAAAAUUGGCAAUU